CAAGUCGCUGGCCGGGAGCACUACGGCGUCUACACCAAGUCCACGUCUCCCGUGCGGGACACCCGUGCCCGAACCACUGGUCGCCCGGAGUCCAUGUCUGAGGCGACGGAAGCUGAAAAGAAGGCCCAGACACUGCCGCCGCCCGCCAAGACUCAGACCCCUUCUACGACUGAGACCAGUCAACGACUCUCCACGUUGCCGCCAAAACCCACUCCUAAUUCCGAGGCUACAAGCCCUCCAGCCCUUAGUACAGCUAUCAGCAGCAACAGCAGCAGCACCAACACCAUCACCACCCCAAUUGAAGCCCCGAUCGUACCCACUCUGAAGGAAAAAUCUCGUCGCUCCACCCUGCUUAAAUUCGCUAUUAACGGGCUUCUGAUCUACUCAGUGGUUCCAUCAGCCUUUAUAGCUUCGCCACAACACAAAAAAUUUCUUAACCGUGUCUUUCUCCGUGGCCUUUGUCUGCAGUCCGCCUCAAUGGGUGAACUCAGGAUGCAAGCACUGGAAGAUAGGACAAUGAACCUCCAGCUCGCACCAGCUGCCGAGAAGCCUGUAGAAACGAAAAAACGGCCUGUGCCCGAGGCGCCGGUGAUCGUCCCGAAACUACCGACUCCCAAGCCGCUGCUAGAUGAAGAUUACGACGACUUCAGCAGCAUCCCCGAGUUCGUGGCUCCUUCCGGCCCAGCC